AUGGAUGGGAAACCUUAUGAAUGGCCUUGGGAAAGUUCUUCACGAGAGCUCGUCCUCGUCCUACAUGUGAUCCAUUCCUUGCACGUAGUUUGCGGAGAACGACGAGAUAGAACGUUUCCAUGAUCAUUUUUGACGACCGACGCUUUGCGUGCAAAUCAUGUCAACGUGGGCACCGGAACGUGGCAUGCGACCAUCUGCAAAGAAUGGUAUUUGAGAUCCGGGCAAUAGGACGACCAAAAGAGAAGCUUAAGCAGCGCGCUGUGCGAAAAAGAGCUUAUGCGCCUGAAAAAUCCAAGGAAGAGGCGCUCAUAGGCAAAGUCCAAGGUACUGCACAUUUUGCGAAUGGACAUGGACCACCAUUCGGACGGCAUUGAUAAUCUGGCCUUUUUGACUUUACUCAACCAGUCCAAGUAUCUACCGGUACCGUCUUUGUAUAUGUGCCUGUGGACCCUACCUAUGAGGCCUUGCAAGAGCGACUAUCUCGGAUAGAUGCAUGUAAUAUUGGCGUACAGAGAGCCAAAUCAAAAGACGCGGCGACAUUGGAAGUAGAGACACAUUCAGCACUGUUUCUCACGGUGCGGAUAUAUCAUGAUCUUUCGGAUGAUGGUGUCCCUGCGCGAUUCAGCCCUGUUCCUGUCCGGCCUGAUGUGCGACAUCGUCGAUGUCUUUCUGAAACGUCCGCCAUCACUACGACACCCAAGAUAUCCCGACCGCACAGGGCUUCACCGUAUGUCGUUUCUGUCCCCUCAUCGCCGAGAACAUCAUCCCCUCAAAGUCCCUCCACGCCAAAUUGUGGGUUUGGCAAGAACUCAACGUUACGACCUUGUUUCCCGAGCCCACCACGGUCAUUGCCCGCCAGCCCCACACCCAUAAUGCAGGAAUAUCCAUCUGACACAGACACGGGGGCGACAGAUAAAUCAGCUUUCAUGUCUGAAUUCUUCUACAACACCUCCCCUCCCAUUCAGGCGUGUUUUCCUGAUAUCCACUUUGAACAACUGUUCAAUAAUGCUUCAAGAACGCCCGCACCUGAAGGAGGGAGUGAUGUAGGAUUGUUAGGAGAACCUUGGCUGGAUCUUUUACCCUUGGAGGACAGUUUUAUGGCAUUGGACGAAACGUCCGCGUCAGUAAACAGCGGUGUUGACGCAGAUGGAUUUGAGGAUGUAUUUUGUCAAGUAGACGAAAGCAUCCGAACAUCGGAUGAAUUUUUUCAGCGGGAGGACAUUGGCGAUACAAGUGUGCAGUCAUGCGUGAGCCGUUGCGUUCUUGGGGACAAUGGAUUUGAAGAUAUACUGAGGAGGGCUAGGGAAAUGUGAGGUUAAAAUGCGGCGGAUGGGUACGAAUUUCUGUUAUGAUAGAUACAUGUAGAUAAACAGAGAAAUACGAU